AUCCUCUCCAUAAAGGGUGUUAGAGUUGGUAUAGAGAGAGAAAGGGGUAGAGAGAAGAAGCUGGUCUCCAGAAAGCAGGAGAAGAAGAAGAAGAAACAAGCCAAGUGGAGGGGCUGCCUGAGAAGUUGGACUCUUUGGCUCUGCCAGAAUGAGCGCCUCUCGGUUCAUAAAGUGCGUCACCGUCGGCGACGGAGCUGUCGGUAAAACUUGCCUCCUCAUCUCCUACACCAGCAACACUUUUCCCACUGACUAUGUCCCAACCGUUUUUGACAACUUCAGUGCCAAUGUGGUUGUGGAUGGGAAUACUGUUAAUCUAGGGCUGUGGGAUACUGCAGGACAAGAGGAUUACAAUAGAUUGAGACCUUUGAGCUAUCGUGGAGCAGAUGUCUUUAUUCUGGCAUUUUCGCUCAUUAGCAAGGCCAGCUAUGAAAAUGUAUCCAAAAAGUGGAUUCCUGAAUUGAGGCAUUACGCACCAGGAGUGCCAAUUAUUCUUGUUGGAACAAAGCUAGAUCUCCGAGAGGAUAAGCAGUUUUUCUUAGAUCACCCUGGAGCAAUACCUAUUACCAUGGCUCAGGGCGAGGAGCUGAAAAAGUUGAUUGGCGCCGCUGCUUACAUUGAAUGUAGUGCAAAAACACAGCAGAAUGUGAAGGGUGUUUUUGAUGCGGCUAUUAAAGUGGUUCUUCAGCCACCAAAGCAAAAGAAGAAAAAGAAGAGAAAGGGUCAGAAAGGGUGCAGUAUUUUGUAAGUGAUAAGAGAUAUAUGUAUGGUGAGGAAGGGAAAGAUGGGCAUAUAUAUUUGGGUGGUUUAAUCUGAUUUCCGCGUUUCCUUCCACCUCCCUCCAAUGUGCUGCAAGUGAUUUACGGGUUUGUAGUCUUGACUGACUAUACUAGGAAAACAUCAGCUUGUUGGUUUGUGUAGGUCGGUCCGGGUUGGUUGUUGUAUAUUUGUGAUAUUUCCAGAUAUGUUUGAAGUAGUAAUGUGCUCAACUCAUCUGUUUGUCCCCUAAAUCUGUAUUAAGCGAGCCACAUGUAUAAGACAAUGUAAUGUUUGCAACUUUGUAUGUCUCUUACAUUCACAUCUUUAAUUUAAUGUAGUACCGCUAUCCCUAUAAACUA